GGCCGAACCGCGCCAGGCUCGCCCAUUUGCACGAAGACUGAAAUAUAUAUAUAUAUCUUACCCUAACGAUGCCAGGUUAGCUGGUGCAUUUGUUGUUCUCACAAGUUUAUGACAGACAUGCUAAAAUAAAAAUAUUGGGGUGUCAGGAUUCUCCAGGAAAAGUAGGACGAAUAGCAGAGGCGGAAGGAGAUCAACGCGCAAGACCAGAAGAUGUCGUCGUCAUUAGGCGGGAGGUGUCCGGCUCUGGGUCAUGGAGCAAAGGACGACUUUGUCCGGGUGAGGAGGAGAGACGUGGAGAGGUUGACCACAGAGGUCAUGCAGCUGAGGGACUUCCUGCCCAGGGUUCUGACUGGGGACCUGGUGGAGAAGCUGCACAAAGCUCGAACGGCUCAGACAGUGAGGGAGCAGCUUGUGCAGGAGCAGGAGCAGUUGCAACAGGAGCGUCUGCACCUUCAGUCGCGGCUGGACGCAACGCAGACUGAAUGUCAGAAAGAGAGAGAGGAGAAGCUGCUGUUGCGUGAGCAGCUGUGGCAGAGCGGUGCAGAGCUGCAAGAGCAGGCGGACUUCUGCUCCUCUCUGGGCUCUGCCACCUGCAGUCUGCUGUGGAGCUGCUCUGCCUCCGAGGACACGGUCACACACUGGCUGGCUGAUGGCAAGCUGCAGUCCUUUCUGGCUGUGGCUGCUCAGACUCUGGAGAGCUUCGUCGGAUCUUUGGAUGCAGAGGUGAAAAAUCUAACCGAGGACCAUAACUCCCAGGAGCACCACUUUGUGUUGGGUCUGGCUGGAACCAUCACCAACAUAGCAGCAGUACCGUGUGGGCGGAACUUCCUGUCCUGCUCAGCUCACGUCCUCCUGAACACUCUGAUGAAGCUCCUCGAGCAGAUGAAGUCUGGCGUCUUCCCCAAACUGAAAGUGCUGAUGCUGAUGGCUCUGUACAACGUCAGCAUCAGUGUGAACGGGCUGAAGUGCAUCAGUGAGAACCCGGGUCUCCUGCCUCUCAUCUGGACCCUGCUGAACGAUGGAGACUGGGAGGUGUGUCUCCACGCCCUGCGUCUCCUGCAGUCAGUGUUGUUGGAGGAGGAGGCGGCGCUGCUCCUGCUCGGCUCCCCCCUGCUGGACCCGGACCUCCAGGCUCGUGUCAGCCAGCUCACCUCCAGCGCGAAGCCGAGCCUGAGAGCGGCUGCCCAGCAGACUCUGGAGGAUCUGCAUGCCCUCCGACAGGGUGGGGCACGUAAACAGAACGGUCCUCCUGUGUGAACUUCCCUUCAGGCAAAGUGAGAAGAAAGUUUUCAUUCAUUCCCUCUUAUUCGAGUUAAAGCUACAUUUUAAAGUUUAUAUCAAAACGUUUCUAACUUUUUGAGCCUUCAGAUUUGUCCACUAUAUUGUUUCUUAGAGACUUGUUGAUGUGAGUAUGAGAACACAGGUUUGUAAUAGAUAUAUUAAAGAUGCUUUCAGAGCACCGUCUUUCUGAGAUACUUAAAAGUCUCAGACCACUUUCUACAAUGGCCUCCGCUUUUCAUACUCUUUAUUAUGUUGGAGAUUUAAUUUCACAUGGAUGAAAUAGCUUUUGUUUGUUGGUCUGCAUUCAAUAACCCAAAUUGACAGUUAAACUUGUUGUUUUUUUAGAAAUGUUUGCAAAUAAAUCUUAAAAAU